AUGAACCUCGUCAACACCUUGCUGGCGUUCAUUCUCGCCACUCUCGCAGCCGCUAUCCCGGCUCCAAACCCGGUCCCCGGUGCGGACAAGCCUACACCUGUGAUUGAGGCUCGCAUCCCGCUCCCGACCUACACCCACGGCCCCAUCAACACCACGAUCCAGUUCAGCGGGUUCAUUACCACAGUCCUUCAAGCCAACGGUCCUAUCGCUGCCGGCACUCCCGUCGUUAUCAACCAGGACGGCCAGGGCACGUACUUCAACUUGCAGGGCGGUGCCACCUAUGUCCGCGUCGUCGACGACAUGAGCCUCUGUCUUGCGGCGGGAGACGACGCGAAUGCGUACGAUGGCGCUGUCGCCCACCUGGCCAAAUGCCCGUCCGAGUGCCAACCGGUCUCGCAGACGCAGCCGGGCCCAACCGUGUGGGAGUACACGUCCGCCUCGCGUCUUCAGCUCAAGAGCCAGAACUAUUGCCUCGACCUGGAAAAUGGCAACCGUGCCGACGGCACAAAGGUCCAGGUCUGGCAAUGCGAUCCCAACAAUCAAAACCAGCAGUGGCUAAUGUUCCCGUGGAUUCUCCAGCCCUAG